AUGUUUCAGGCAGUUGACAUUUCGCAUCCGCGAGCACUUUUCUUCCUUGUUCGUGACAUCGAAAAUGUGCUAGAGUUUUUUGCAAAAUUGGGCAUCGAUAGCUUACCGUCAGCUACGGAUUUUUUCAACGAAAUUACUGGUCUGAAUAUGGACCCCGACAACAAUCUGCUUGUGCAGGUUGAAAAUUUCGAGAAAGAUAAUCGCAACGCUCAGUUACGCUAUGACAAGGCAAACCCGGCUGAUAUGGAGUUGCGUUUGUACGAUGCCGAAGUUGCUCUAACUAAUGAGGAUCCGGCGGAAUCGUACAACUGA